CUCCUCCUCGCCUGCCCCCGAGGAAGCCGGACGCCUCCCGAUCCCUCCUCCGUUCCCACUCCUCAUCCUCCGCCUGCCCUCCCCGUCGCCGAUCGUCGCGAGCAGGAAUGUUCAGAUAACAGACUAAAUUAUGGGUUGGCUGAGCAAAAUUUUUAAAGGCUCGAGCCACAGAAUUUCAGAAGGGCAAUAUCAUGAAAAAUACAGGGAUGAUGGAGUCUGGAAUGAACCAUCUAAUUCUUUGGAUACACUAUCAGAGUAUGAAAACGAUGACAUAGACCAUGCCAUUGCACUUUCCCUCUCAGAAGAAGAACAAAAAAGAGCAAAGGCUAUUGAAAAUGCAUCUACCUUGGAGGAAGAUGAGCUACUUGCGAGAGCUCUGCAAGAAAGUCUUAAUGCAGAUUCCCCUCCUCGAGAAAAUGGCCAUGCUUAUCAACCAGUGCCAUUUCUCUUCUCAUCAGGGUUCAGGAUAUGUGCUGGAUGUAAUACUGAGAUUGGACAUGGGCGUUUUCUUAGUUGCAUGGAUGCUUAUUGGCAUCCAGAAUGUUUUCGUUGUCAUGCCUGUAAUCAACCAAUAUCAGAUUAUGAGUUCUCCAUGUCUGGGAAUUACCCAUACCAUAAAUCUUGUUACAAGGAGCUUUACCACCCAAAAUGUGAUGUCUGCAAGCAAUUUAUUCCAACAAAUAUGAAUGGCCUUAUUGAGUACAGGGCACAUCCUUUCUGGAUGCAAAAGUACUGUCCUUCACAUGAAAUGGAUGGUACACCAAGGUGCUGCAGUUGUGAACGAAUGGAGCCCAGAGACAUAAAGUAUGUCACUUUAGAUGAUGGGAGGAAGCUCUGCCUGGAGUGUCUAGACUCUGCAAUAAUGGAUACAAAUGAAUGCCAACCACUAUACCUUGAUAUCCAGGAAUUUUAUGAAGGCUUAAAUAUGAAAAUUGAACAGCAGGUUCCCUUGCUUCUUGUUGAGAGACAAGCUCUAAAUGAGGCCAUGGAAGGGGAGAAGAAUGGGCAUCAUCAUCUCCCAGAAACGAGAGGCCUUUGCCUAUCUGAGGAGCAGACUGUUAGCACGAUCUUAAGGAGGCCAAGGAUUGGUGCUGGAAACAAAAUCAUGAACAUGAUCACUGAGCCAUAUAGACUUACUCGCCGAUGUGAAGUAACUGCAAUUCUCAUUUUGUAUGGCCUCCCAAGACUGCUCACAGGGUCUAUAUUAGCCCAUGAGAUGAUGCAUGCGUGGCUCCGGCUUAAAGGCUAUCGUUCUCUUAGUCAAGAAGUUGAAGAGGGGAUCUGCCAGGUUCUAGCACAUAUGUGGUUGGACUCCGAGAUUAUCUCUGGGUCUGGCAGUAAUGUCGCAUCCACCUCUUCAUCCUCUUCGGCAUCAACAUCAUCAAAAAAGGGUUCAAGGUCUCAGUUUGAGAGAAAACUGGGAGAUUUUUUUAAGCACCAGAUUGAAUCAGACACAUCACCGGCAUAUGGAGAUGGAUUCAGAGCCGGUAACCAGGCAGUUCUUCGGUACGGCCUCCGACCUACUCUUGAUCAUAUCAAAUUGACAGGGACAUUCCCGUGCUGAACAUGGCAUGAUCUUUUAUUAUAUUAAUACACGAUUUAUAACUCGGCCCUCAAAGUAGAUUUCAGGGGAUGAAGCCUUCGAAGAAAUUAUGCUGAUAAAACCAAAAGAAACUUUUAGAUCUGAUAUUUGUAAGCUUCAUCCACUAAUGAUUAUUCUUUUCUUGUGUACACUUGUUGUUGACUAUACCGAAUAAGUUUGAUCAAUUGUGCAUUUCAGAGUAAAUACUCAAAAAGUAUGGCUGUACUGCUUUGACUUGAUGAUAUGACUGUAGUUUCA